GAAGAUGCUGCCAGAUCUCCCCAGUCAGAAAGGGAGGGCUUAUGAUGUGAUGCUGACAAGUGACUACAGACAUGAACUAAGAAAUAGUGGUGUCUUUUGCUAGACUAUUUCUUUUAAAAGUAGAUUUUGCUUUCUGUGGAGCAAAAAGUCAACUAAAGAUAUUUACCAGAGAACCAACCAUGGACCCAAACUAUGCAAUGGCCAAGUUUCGAAUGGAAUCCAAGGAUAUCUUCAAAUCGAAGCAGAAAGGCUGCUGGUAUUAUCUGAAAUAUUUCUUCAUCUUCUCCUCUAUUAUCCAGUUUCUCAUCAUCCUUGGCCUGGUGCUCUUCAUGCUGUAUGGCAAUGCCCACGUUGGCACAGAGCUUCGUCUAAAAAGCGUAGAAAAUCGCUACAAGAACCUAACCGCUGAUUAUAACAGGCUAAAUGGUAAUUUCACUGUGUUGAAAAAUAAACAAGGCGUUACGGAGAAGCAAUUGCAAAACUGCAGCUUUAUUUUAGCUAAAUUACUACAACGUCCACCCCCUAUAGAUGCCUGCAGAACUACAAAAUAUAUUCUGGACCAACUGAACACGACCUGCACUCAGGAAAAGUACCAAUUACUAAAUGAGAAAAUAAAGAAAGAAAGGGAAUUUGAUCUCUUUAAAAACACCUGCACUCAAACAACGAACUCACUUACCAAGCAAAUGCUUGAGGCCAUUUCUGAAAAGGAAAAGAUCCAGAGAGAGAAGACAGACCUGGAAUCUCAGCUGAUACAGUUGCAAAGUGGUUGCAGUACAAUCAAUGAAAAGUUUGAAAUAGAACUAGACAACAUGAGAAAGACAUUCGAAAAGAUUAUUUACAACUCUGAUUCCGUCCACAUUCCAAGCUGCACGCUCAUCACUAAUUCAAUCAGAACCAGUAUAGACAUAGCAAUAACUAGAUUGAGACAAGAUGUCACCAAAGUCAUGCUUGAAAUUAGUCAAGUGAAGGUGAACAGUGCUCGAGUAAGUGAUGAUUUACAGAAGUGCAAUCAAGAUAAGGAAGUCGUCACUAGGGAGAAGACUAAAGUGAUAAGUGAAAAGGGAGGAUUGGAAAAGCAGCUGGCUGAAAAAAAUAACGAUCUUAACAAGUACUUCACCCAAUAUCUGAAAAAGGAAGAAGAGCUAGAGAAUUGCCGCAAGCCUCGCAUCCCAGGACAGCGUAUGUAACAGAAGUUUACAAACAGAAAUGUAAAACCAAUGAAGAAAGUUGUGUCUCAAUGUGAAAUGAAGACAGCCUCUACAUGAACUGGCUCUAUGUUCCUUAGUAGAAGAGAAGCUUCAACCAAUGUUAAUCCCACUUUCACAGCACAAAAUACACUGACAAGUCUGACAUUUCUUCUAUAACAAUACAUUCAUUCGCUUUGAACAGAAAACAAAUGGAAGAAGAAUGAACAUGAAUUAGAAUGUUUCCGAUAAGGUUUCUUUAGAAGUUAGUAAUUUUUAUUUUGGUUAUAGAGUUUACUAAAUUCCCGGUAAAUAUAUAAAGUGUUUCAAAUGCUAGAUGCAUCAUCGCUUAGAGAGCGAUAAAAUGGAAAGUGAUAAACUACCAGCCAACCAGCUCAUUUUUCAAACAAGUCCUGUGACAUGGCAGUUAGGAGCUGAUUGGCUGGUACUUUAUCACUCUCCAAUCGAUGAUGCAUACUGUAUAUAACAAUUAUACUUUAAUAAUGUAUUAUAAAACAUGAUUGUAUACUUUAUGUGAUAUUGUAUAUAUAAUCAUAAUUAGUUGAUUUGGUUCUCUUUAAGAUAUUAUUGGGAUACACAAUUUAAAGAAAAUGCUGGCCUCUUUAGUAGAUUUAUUCAGAUGGUCCCAUGGUCACUCUCUGUAAUAUCAGACAAAUAGCUAUUAAACACGACACAAGCAGAUUCACACAAUACUUGUGCUAGAUUAAUAUAUUCCCUGAAUUUCAGUAUAUGUAUAUUAUAUAUCUAACAUAAACAUAUUUCAUUCUCAUAUGUGUCCACUUAUGAAAACAAAAACGGAACAAAAAGUUUCUUCUUAGCACACUAGUGAAAAUAUUUCUAACUGCAGUAAGAAAACUUGUGGUUUAAUGACUUAUAUUCUGGUCAGAAGGUAUUGCCUACUCCCCAUUUAAGGCACCCCAAAAUUGAGAAAGUUCCUAUCUCACAGGUAUAUAAGCUUUCAAUAUGUGUGCAUUUUCAAUAUGUAAUAGGGAAUAAGGAAUAAAGUAUAUAUAUUUUUAACUUCAA